AUGUGUCCUGUAUCAGAGCCCGUCGCGAUCGUCACUGGUGCCGCAUCAGGCAUUGGACUUGCUGUCACUAAGCAUCUUGUCGCAAAAGGGUGGCGGGUGGUUAUGGCCGACAUAAAUGAGACAGCUGGCAUGCAGGCCGCUGAGGAACUGGGGGCUGACCAAGCCAUUUUCCACAGGACCGACGUGGGCUUGUGGGCUGACCAGCUGUCUCUUUUUCAGUGCGCCUGGCAAUGGAGUGGAAGUGGGCGGCUUGAUUUGUUGAUCGCCAACGCGGGUAUCUUUCGCCCUGACGAUAUCUGUGACCCAAGCCCAGACGACGAUAUGCCCAAAGAGCCAGCCUUGGACGUGUUAAGAGUGGAUCUCUUCUCGGUGUUCUACGGGCUGAAGCUCUUCGUGUAUUACGCAAAGAAAAACCCGAGCCCUGGUGGAAAGGUAGUGGUAACCAGCUCCCCGACCGGUAUCUACCCAUUUCCCUUUGCUCCUGAAUACAGUAGUGCAAAACAUGGGGUGAUCGGUCUCGUGCGCUCCAUAGGCCCCCGACUUCAAAACCAAGGCAUACAAGUAAAUGCAAUAUUACCUGGUUGUGUCCUUACCGGUGCGACUCCUAGCCAUAUCCAGUCUCUAGUGCCGGAUGAUCGCUGGACCUCACUUGCCGCCAUCUGCAAAGCAUACGACACAUUCGUGGACGAUCAGGCGAAAUAUUUCGGGCAAUGUCUGGAGGUCUCGGUAGAUGAUGUGUAUUUCCGAAGUCCUCCAAAUUACUGCAACGACACCCAGGCUUUUGUUAGCAGUGAAUUGUGGUACAAGCUGGGUUACUGA